UACGGUUUUGCCGACGACCGUCUUGCUUUGGUUUGAAUAAGAAAGAACCUGUUCAACACACGCGAAACAAAUCAUGAGCCGCAGGAACCACGAUCACAACUCGGGCCGCUCUUCGUAUGGARACAAUAGAAGAAGCGGUAGCGUAGACAUGUACAGCGAUAGUUACAACGAUGUUAAUGUCAACAAUAGUGACAACGACAAUAAUAAUUACCAUCUCCGCAAUCCGUACUCUCAGAGGACUCAAGCAGAACAGCAACUCGAGCAGCAGCRACAGCAGGCAUUUAGGCACAACAACCAAAACCAAAACCAUCCUCACCGCAACCCGUAUACRCAAAARACACARCAGCAGCGAUMUGCUGUGACAACGUCUUCGUUAUUUGCUAUCAACCCCGUGCGACCAAAACAGCAGGAACAACUAGAAUACCACCAGGAGCAGGCACCAAUGAAUGAUGAUAARCGAGCAACAGCUSAAUCACCGUCAUCUCGUGCCAGUGUGCUUCCUGAUGUGCAGCAACAAGAAGCCGSACACGACUGUUCCAACAGUGUUCUUCAGCACGCACAGGAUGGCAACAACGGACUUUCGAAGAACAACAAUCAGCAACACCAGCAGCAACUCCUCGAACGCCUCCAGGCCCAGCUCGACGAAUCCAACGAAUCGAAUUUCGAGCUCGAGGCCUCGGUGGUGGCCCUCGAGGCCGAAUUGCAGCACACGCGCAGGACGAUACAGGAACAAGCCCAGUUAGAAAAGUCCAAGAUGGAGCACGAACUCCGCCUGGCCCAGCGGGAAGCCAAGCGAUGGAAACUGCUCCUGCAGCAGAACCAAUCGGAAAAACCAUCCAACCAGGGCCGGAGCAUCGUUUCGGAUUCGUCUCCCAGCAGCGCGAUCRCCACUGGAGCUUCAACCCAUGAUGCCUUUUCRAGUCGCCUACUGGGCARCCAGGCAAACCUGCAACCGUCUAGAUCGUCCAAGACAACGCCAUCCGCGGAAUUCCCCGCUAACGAURUUGAGGCUGCCACAUCCUUUUCCUCUUCCAAGAAACCCAAACGGGACGUCAACUAUGCCCUAGGUUUCAACGCCGAAGASCUCRCACCGUCCGGUGCGAAUUCUAGAAGAAGGGCCACACAAAAUGCCCCCCUUGUGCGCUUGGCCCUGAACCUGUUGGCACAACUGGAACCGUCGCAGUCCUUCUCGGUGCCCAAGCCCAAGAGCAACCCSAAUGCUAGCACAACUCUAGCGCGAGAGGACWGCAAGAAUGAUGCAAUGGUUACUGACAAGGAAGAWGAUGUUAUCGGYUAUARCCGUGGAGAUGAYAGCAACGUUCGACAAGUCUUGCUUUCCAUCGCCACUUCAAAACCUUGCGCUGCACCURUAUUAGAUGUCCAUGRAAGGAAUCCGUUGCCGUCUCCUCUUGUGUGGACUGARGGAACCUUGAUCGAAUGGCUUGUAAAGAAAUCUUCCUCUGAAUCUGCGGAUCGAUACUGGUCUGCGUUYUUGCUCCAAUCUCCAGAAGCGCGAAAACACGUUGUCGAACAAGUUGGCGCGUUUGAGGAAAGGCCCAGCGGUGYGGAUUCCCAGAUUGAUCACCACCAGCAGCAACAGCAAAAGCAGUAUUCAUCAACGACGUCUCGACGUCGUAACCGGCGAAAAGACCGAAUCCGUCCUCUGCUAUCUAAUGGAGAUCAUGAUACCAAAAACGAAAACGGACUUUCCGGACAGGAACUCAGACAAGUACAAGUCCGAARAUCGCUUCGRAAUCCAUGGUGGAAUCCAAACGACAACCAAGCAGCAGAUCCCACAUAUUCGAUCGCUUCGUCGUCGUGUCUUUUUCGCGAAUGGAUCCAAUGGUUGUCUGCUUCGCAAAAUCCAAUGCAUUUGCAAACCCUCCGAAUUCUUUUGGCAGAAGCUACUGGAAGGAAUGGUUUGGCGGCGACUGUGAAUCGCACUUCUGAGGCUUGGUGGAAUCUCUGCUAUCCAUCCWUAGCUACGACUAUCCAACGAAUCACCUAUCGGAAAUUGAUCCGAUCCAGGAAAAACYAUUCGAAUGAUCCAUUUCCCGCGAGCAACAGUCGGCGCCGACAAAGCGCGGGRAACAAGCGGAACGAUUCCGAUCGAGGCCGGCGGUCCCGRAACUGCAUCGGUAGAUACGAAGAUUUCCUGGCAAGAUUGCCAGUGGCUGGCACGGUGGUUCUACCGGCKUCAAAGGAGGAAGACAGAGCAACAACGGCCAUGGAUAUUGAUGUAGACGAAAGUGCAAAACCAGGCACAACCAAUAUGGAAACGAAGCGCAUUUCUUCGAAGAACGAAGGCGGAAACAGCACAAAUGGUAUCGAUAUCAGACCUCAUAAUGACGCAAGCGUUGUUUCCGAGGAAGCAGAAGAUCAGUUAUUCGAGUUGGCUUUGGCCUUGUGGGUGGUAUUUUGCAAGCUGCAUCUCCCCGACAGCUCGGUGBUUGGUAUAAGAACAGAAAGGGUCUCGGAACUGACCAAUCUUGGCACAAGAAGAAAAGGCGCGAUUCCACCCCACCGUCACCUCCUCCUUCCAAUGGGCUUUUUAUGAUAAGCCUUCUUCUGGAUUUAUUUGAGGAAUUGCAAUUCGGGCAAUGGAUGAAGGACAACGGGAAAAAUGGCAACCGUUCGAUGUCCUCUGCACAGAUUUUAUCGAAUGGRUUGCUUUCGAGUACCACCCGCAAUUCGGCCGGGAAGAAUUCCAAAAUUGACGAAGCCAACAGGAGUGGUUCUUCUUUCAAAAGGAUCGACCGCGACAGCUGCAAAGGAAAUUAUGACUCCUGUAAUUCCUCCAUGUUGGUAUCGGCCAUACCUCAGUGGUACAUCGCUGCAAUCGCAGUCCUGGCACAAGUAGGACGAACAGAGAAUGGAAUGRAGAUCUUGCGGACUCGUUUGCCAGACGAUCGACAGAGCGAUUGGAUGGGCAAUGCAUUGGAUGUAUCAAUACGACAGAUGCAUACGCUAGCCUUGCAUCUUGACGAUGUUCACACGCGGCAUGGAUCAAUUGUGCGACUCGGGGAAUCCAGUUGUGCUGGAGACAGCGAAUACAACGACGAUUGUAUCAUCGAGGACGAUCCCCAUGCCGCUCGCCUUCGUCGCAGCGUAGAGGCGUGGGUUCGUGUGUGGCACCAGGUGCUGAURUACGUUCAAUCCAAAGAAACCGUCUCUUUUCGUUCGCUGGUAUUAGACCUGCAGGACUGGUUCACUAGUUCUUGUGCCACUCUCUUGACUUCGGAGGAAAUUCGUCCAGAGAUUAGAUCAAUGAUACGAUGGCAGCUCGAUGAACUGAAAAUGGACGAGGAAGAUUUCGAGGAAUCGCGACAUCACUCUCGAUAACCAACAUCCCUCGYUGUAUCGAGACGGUGCGGAUGAAGUAGCCAAAGAAGUAGUAAUKAACUAUAGUGAACAAAAGAGUUCAAUGGCACAAAAACUUUCWUGUUUUAUUUUKUUGAUUUCAUAUAUAGUACGUGCCAUAAAUUAUUUGUUCCGAU